CUCCUGCUCGCCGGGAGGACCCCCGCGGAGGGACGGGCCGGUCGAGCCUCGCGGCGUCUCCGGAGCGGCGCCGGGCCUCCGGCGGCAGAGAGCUCAUCCGGGAGCACUUCACCGAGCCGAGGGCCGUGUCCCUGGCGGGGCGGCCGCAGCCGCUGCUAUCAGGCACAGAGGCAGCCAGCCGUGGAGGUCGGAAGGCGGGUCCUCUCCGGGCCGCCGCUAGCGCGCCGCUCUGGGGGAGACCCCGGCAGGAGCCCAAGGGCAGCUGCGGGGUCGCAGAGGCCGCUGGCGCCGCCUCGGCCAGCCCUCCCCGCGCGGACUCACCCAAACAGGUUCUGCUGCCUUAAGGAUGACAGUCCUAGGGCACCCUCGAAGUUGGAGCUGCCAGUGGUUGCCACUCCUGAUGCUGCUGCUGGGCACAGGCCAUGAGCCAGGGGCAGAAGGUGUGACACACUACAAGACCGGCGACCCCGUCAUUCUAUAUGUCAACAAAGUGGGACCCUACCAUAACCCUCAGGAGACUUACCAUUACUAUCAGCUUCCAGUCUGCUGCCCUGAGAAGAUCCGUCACAAAAGCCUUAGCCUGGGUGAAGUGCUGGAUGGGGACCGAAUGGCUGAGUCUUUGUAUGAGAUCCGCUUCCGGGAGAAUGUGGAGAAGAGAAUUCUGUGCCACAUGCAGCUCAGUUCUGCACAGGUGGAACAGUUGCGCCAGGCCAUCGAGGAACUGUACUACUUUGAAUUUGUGGUGGACGACUUGCCACUCCGUGGCUUUGUGGGCUACAUGGAGGAGAGUGGCUUCCUGCCUCACAGCCACAAGAUAGGACUCUGGACCCAUCUGGACUUCCACCUAGAAUUCCAUGGAGAUCGAAUUAUAUUUGCCAAUGUCUCAGUGCGGGACGUCAAACCCCACAGUUUAGAUGGGUUACGACCUGAUGAAUUCUUAGGCCUCACUCACACAUACAGUGUGCGCUGGUCUGAGACUUCUGUGGAACGUCGGAGUGACAGGCGCCGUGGUGACGAUGGUGGUUUCUUUCCCCGGACACUGGAAAUUCAUUGGUUGUCCAUCAUCAAUUCCAUGGUGCUUGUGUUUUUACUGGUGGGUUUUGUGGCUGUCAUUCUCAUGCGUGUGCUUCGGAACGACCUGGCUCGGUACAACUUGGAUGAGGAGACAACCUCUGGAGGUUCUGGUGAUGACUUUGACCAAGGUGACAAUGGCUGGAAAAUUAUCCAUACAGAUGUCUUCCGCUUCCCUCCAUACCGUGGUCUGCUCUGUGCUGUGCUUGGUGUGGGUGCCCAGUUCCUGGCCCUUGGCACUGGCAUUAUUGUCAUGGCGCUGCUGGGCAUGUUCAAUGUGCACCGGCACGGGGCCAUUAACUCAGCAGCCAUCUUGUUGUACGCCCUGACUUGCUGCAUCUCUGGCUACGUGUCCAGCCACUUCUACCGGCAGAUCGGAGGCGAGCGUUGGGUGUGGAACAUCAUUCUCACCACCAGUCUCUUCUCUGUGCCUUUCUUCCUGACGUGGAGUGUGGUGAACUCGGUGCAUUGGGCCAAUGGUUCGACACAGGCUCUGCCAGCUACCACCAUCCUGCUGCUUCUGACGGUUUGGCUGCUGGUGGGCUUUCCCCUCACUGUCAUUGGAGGCAUCUUCGGGAAGAACAACGCUAGCCCCUUUGAUGCACCUUGUCGCACCAAGAACAUCGCCCGGGAAAUCCCACCCCAGCCCUGGUACAAGUCUACGCUCAUCCACAUGACUGUUGGAGGCUUCCUGCCUUUCAGUGCCAUCUCUGUGGAGCUGUACUACAUCUUUGCCACAGUAUGGGGUCGGGAGCAGUACACUUUGUACGGCAUCCUCUUCUUUGUCUUCGCCAUCCUUCUGAGCGUGGGGGCUUGCAUCUCCAUCGCGCUCACCUACUUCCAGUUGUCUGGAGAGGAUUACCGCUGGUGGUGGCGAUCCGUGCUGAGUGUCGGCUCCACGGGGCUCUUCAUCUUCCUCUACUCGGUUUUCUACUAUGCCCGGCGCUCCAACAUGUCAGGGGCGGUACAGACAGUAGAGUUUUUCGGCUACUCCUUACUCACCGGUUACGUCUUCUUCCUCAUGCUGGGCACCAUCUCCUUCUUUUCUUCCCUAAAAUUCAUCCGUUAUAUCUAUGUUAACCUCAAGAUGGACUGAGUUUUGGGUGGCAAAACUAUUGCUCUUCUCUCCCUUUCUUCACGCCCCCUUGAUCUCUCUUACCAACAUCUCCUCUGAUGGAGUGACUGAAUUGUGUGAUGGCAUUGUUGCCUUCCCCUUUGCCCUUUGGGCCUCCCGUCCCGAGAGGGCCUGGAAAUUAUAAAUAUUAUAUAAGGAGUAUAUAUUUGAACUUUUUAAGUUGUCUUUAGUUUGGGUCCUGAUUUUUCUUUUUACAAUUAUCAAAAUAAAAUUUAUUAAGAAAAAGGA